GGUUGAUGGACCCAGCAGAAGCCAAAUGGAAGAAGGGCCAAUUAAUUAUGUGGAAGAAAGGCGGCUGAACGAGGGCAGCGGGUUCAGCCUGGUGAAUGGGGGCCAGCCGGAGGCGGGGGGUACCGUGCUGAUGGAGCCCAGCAGGUGGUCACCGGGCCAGCCGCCCGCCACUGGCAAAGCCCACUUGGAAGACGUCCGGAACCUGGUGGCCUUCUCAGCGGUGGCCGAAGCCGUUUCCUCCUACCGGCUCCCGCCACCGGGGUCGCCGUCGCUGCUGUACGAGAAGUUCGACUCGGAGAUGAGCCGGGGUGGGCUGGGCACGGCGGACGGGGUGCCGCGGGGCGAGGACCUGCAUGCCCUCAAGGCCGCCCUGGCUUUGGCCAAGCACGGUGUGAAGCCCCCCAACUGCAACUGCGACGGCCCCGAGUGCCCCGACUACCUGGAAUGGCUGGAGCAGAAGAUCAAGACGGCUCUUGGAGAAGAGCCGGUGUCACCGCGGCCCCGCGCCGCCGCCGUCCCCCCGCCUCCUCCCCCAGAAGGUGCUAUCGACCCCCAGCCGGUGCCUGAGGCUGCCGAGCCGUGCCCGCCCGACAGCCUCCCCUUUUCCCAGAGUGCGUUGACCAUCGCCAAGGAGAAGAACAUCAGCCUGCAGACCGCCAUAGCCAUCGAAGCCCUCACGCAGCUCUCGGCCGCCCUGCCCCAGCCCACGGGUGAUGGGCAGCCCCCGCCGCCGCCCCCCGCCGUCCCCUUCGGCUCUGGCCCCCUCUGCCCGCCGGGGGCCGUGUGGCAGCAAGGGGAUGAGCCCCGCUACCCACCGGAGCCGGGAGCAGCACCUGAGCCAUUUUUCGGCGCGGCACCUCCGCGGGGGAACUUCGCGGCCUCUUGGGGGCUGGAGGCCGAGGGGGCAGCGGGGGCUGGAGACCCCAUGGCAGAGCUGGAGCAGCUGCUGGGUAAUGCUGACGACUACAUCAAGGCGGCUUUCAAGAGACCCGAAGCAACGGCUGGCAAAGCGACAGCCCCCAAAACGGAACCCCCCGAGCGAGCACCCAGCAAAGAAGCACCGGGUGGGCCCCGCUUGCCGCCAGCGCCGCCAGAGCCCAACCUGCACAAGAAGACGCAGCUGGUCCUGCAGCAGCACCUCCACCACAAGCGCAGCCUCUUCCUCGAGCAAAGCCUGGCGGCGGCGUCGCCCCCAGAGCGGCCGAGCGGCUGGUGGACCCCUGGCGCCCCCGCCGCGCCCCCCAAGCCCUUCGAAAAGCAGCCCAAAGAGAAGAAGAAGAAAACGCCGCCUGAAAAGCCCCCGCCAGCCAAACCUCUCCGCAAGCAAGUGCAGAUCAAGAAGGCGAAGCAGAAGGACUCGCAGCCGCUCUUCCCACCCCUCUGGCAGAUCAGCCUGGAGGGGUUUCGGGCGCCCGCCGAUCCCCCCGCCGAAGAGAUGCAAACGGAGCUGCCGCCGCCGGCCUUCCCGCACCAGCCUCUUGCACUACCCCUGCCCGCAGCAUGCCCCCCACCACCAAACCCCCUGGACGGCGUCCCCCCGGCUUCCGACUCUCAGGAAAGGGGUGCCCCCGGAGGGGGCCCCCAAAUUCACUCGGCGCCGGCGGGCUCGACCGGCUCGGAGGAAGCACCGGCUGUGCCCCCGCCAGCCGGCUCGGCUCCCAUCAUGGUGGAUGACAAGUUGGAAGAGCUCAUCCGACAAUUUGAAGCCGAAUUUGGGGAGAAUUUCAACCUGCCGCCCCCUGAGACGCCUGCCCCGCUGCCGGGGGCGCCAGCACCAGCCCCACAAGGGUCUCCCACCACGGCCACCGCCGCCGGCCCGGCUCCCACUCCCAGCAGCGCUCCCCAAGCCAGACCCAAAAGCGUCUCUCCAGGGAAGGGGCCGCUGUCAGAGCCACCCUUCACUGCCCGCUCCCCCAAACAGAUCAAAAUCGAGUCUUCUGGUGCUAUCACCGUGGUGUCUACCACGUGUUUUUACUCUGAGGAAAGCCAAAACCCAGACGUGGACGAUGUCGACAGAACGCCCACCAAGGACGAGGUGCCGCUGACGCCGACCCUGAGCGGCUUCUUGGAGUCUCCGCUGAAAUACCUGGACACACCAACCAAAAGCCUCCUGGACACCCCUGCCAAGAGGGCGCAGGCUGAAUUCCCCACCUGUGACUGCGUUGAGCAAAUCGUGGAGAAGGAUGAGGGGCCCUAUUACACCCACCUGGGCUCGGGGCCCACCGUGGCCUCCAUCCGGGAGCUCAUGGAGGAGCGGUAUGGUGAGAAGGGCAAGGCCAUCCGCAUCGAGAAGGUCAUCUACACAGGCAAGGAGGGCAAGAGCUCCCGGGGCUGCCCCAUCGCCAAGUGGGUGAUCCGCAGGCACAACCAGGAGGAGAAGCUGCUGUGCCUGGUGCGGCACCGCGCCGGCCACCACUGCCAGAACGCCGUCAUCAUCAUCCUCAUCCUGGCCUGGGAGGGCAUACCCCGCACGCUGGGGGACACGCUCUACCAGGAGCUCACCGACACCCUCACCAAGUACGGCAACCCCACCAGCCGCCGCUGCGGCCUCAACGACGACCGGACCUGCGCAUGCCAAGGCAAGGACCCCAACACCUGCGGUGCUUCCUUCUCCUUCGGCUGCUCCUGGAGCAUGUACUUCAACGGCUGCAAAUACGCCCGCAGCAAAACUCCCCGCAAGUUCAGGCUGGUGGGAGACAAUCCCAAAGAGGAAGAGCUGCUCCGGAGAAGCUUUCAGGACUUGGCCACCGAGGUUGCUCCACUUUACAAGAGGCUGGCACCGCAAGCCUACCAAAACCAGGUCACCAACGAGGAUGUAGCCAUCGACUGCCGGCUGGGCUUGAAGGAGGGGAGGCCGUUCUCGGGGGUGACGGCGUGCAUGGACUUCUGUGCUCACGCUCACAAGGACCAGCACAACCUCUACAACGGCUGCACCGUGGUCUGCACGCUGACGAAGGAAGACAAUCGUGUGGUGGGGAAAAUUCCCGAAGAUGAGCAGCUGCACGUCCUCCCCCUCUACAAGAUGUCCAGCACGGAUGAAUUCGGCAGCGAGGAGAACCAAAACGCCAAGGUGGGCAGCGGGGCCAUCCAGGUGCUCACGUCCUUCCCCCGCGAGGUCCGCAAGCUGCCCGAGCCUGCCAAGUCCUGCCGGCAGCGGCAGCUGGAAGCCAGGAGAGCUGCUGCCGAGAGGAAGAAGCUGCAGAAAGAGAAGCUGAUGACGCCAGAGAAAAUCAAGCAGGAAGCGCUCGAGCUCCCCACGCUCCAGCCAAAUGCAGGUAUGGCGUUGAAAGGCGGGAUACCCCCGCAGCCGCUGAAACCCUCCAUCAAGGUGGAACCCCAGAGCCAUUACAACGCCUUCAAGUACAACGGCAACGCCGUGGUGGAGAGCUACUCGGUGCUGGGCAGCUGCCGGCCCUCUGACCCGUACAGCAUGAACAGUGUUUACUCUUACCAUUCCUACUAUGCACAGCCCAAUCUGCCUUCCGUGAAUGGGUUUCACUCCAAGUUCGCACUUCCCUCCUUCGGGUAUUACGGCUUUUCCAGCAACCACGUGUUCCCCUCGCAGUUUCUCAAUUAUGGGGCGCCCGAGAGGAGCGGGAGCAGCUGGGUCAGCAACGGCUACGAGAAGAAGCCCGACGUCUCAGCACUGCAGGAGAACCUCAAUCACACCUACGCGAACAGCAAUUUCCCCGAGCCCAUCCCGCAUGGCGUGCGGAGCAAAAACCAUCACCAGCGCACCUACGAGCGAGCCAACCGCUACGCCAGCCAGCAGAAAGCAGCGGCGGCAACGGCUGGGGCACACAGGACUAGCUCGGGCUCGGAGGAGGCACCGGCGUUUGCACAGAACUGUUUCGGCAGCCGGCCCAUCAAGCAGGAGCCUCCAGAUCCCCCGCCCACCAUUGAGCCCCUUCCCAGCGCCGCGGCCGUGCCCGGCACUGGCUUAACGCUGCCGGCCGUCCCUGCACACGGCACGGCGCCGGAGCAGCGGUGGAGCCCCUUCAAGGCGCCCCGCGGCACGGCUUCCCCUGAGAGGACUAGCACGGCCGAGGGCUCGUGGAGCAAGCUGGCGCCGGGCUCGGGCGGGCGGGAGAAGCUGAGCGCCUUCGACGCCGCCGUGCGCUUGCCACCGCCGGAGAAGCAGUGGUCCAACGUCCUGGCGGGAGAGCCAGCGGCGGCGGCGCAUGGCUCGGGCUUGCUGCCGAAACCGUGGAGUCCCUGCAAGCUGGGGGAGACGCCGCUGGCCGGCACGGGCACCCCGAGCCUGCUGGGGUCACUGGGGUUCAGCUCGGCUCUGCCAGGGCUCCCCGGCUUCACUGAGGAGUCAUGGGGCUCCGUGAAGGUGGAGGAGCAGAGGACACCGGCACCCAGCCCGGGGCUGCCGGAGAAGCCAUGGGAGGCAGCGGUGGGUGAGAAGGGGGCGGCAGGGCCCCACCAGGAGAAGCCGUGGGACCCCUUUGGCCUGGAGGAGGAUCUGCCGGAGAAGGCAGUGAAGGAGGAAGAGGAAGAGGAGGAAGAAGAGGAGGAGGAAGAGGAAGAGGAGUGGUCGGACAGCGAGCACAACUUCCUGGACGAGAACAUCGGCGGAGUGGCCGUGGCACCCGCCCACGGCUCCAUCCUCAUCGAGUGCGCCCGCCGCGAGCUCCACGCCACCACCCCACUGAAGAAACCCAACCGCUGCCACCCCACCCGCAUCUCCCUCGUCUUCUACCAACACAAGAACUUGAACCAGCCCAACCACGGCCUGGCGCUGUGGGAGGCCAAGGUGAAGCAGCUGGCGGAGCGGGCUCGGGCACGGCAGGAGGAGGCGGCGCGUCUGGGGCUGCCGCCAGACGCCAAAGCCUUUGCCAAGAAGCGCAAGUGGGGCGGCGCGUUGGCGACCGAGGCGCCCAGCAAGGAGAGGAGGGACUCGGUCCCCACGCGGCAGGCGGUGGCCAUCCCCACCAACUCUGCCAUCACUGUGUCCUCCUACGCCUACACCAAGGUGACGGGCCCCUACAGCCGCUGGAUCUGAGACCGAGGCGAC